AUGACUGAUGUGGAACCUGUUGUAACCGAUUUCGCUGCCACGGGGAGGACUGGCCGACGGAAUGCUCUACCUGACAUACUGGGAUCCAGCACUGGCGCUGGUGCUGCUGAUCUGCCUGACAAACUGGCUGAACUGGCCGUGGGAGAUAAUGGCCAACUGGAAGGCGAAAGCUCGUCAUCGUCAGAACCGCCCAAAGAUCCUUUGGCAGGAGAGAAGACAGAGGGAACAUAA